AACGCAGCAAGAGCACAGAGCACCGGGAGCUCACACCUGAGGCCUCUGUGCUGAGGUCUGAUGAGGUCUGGGAGCCGCUGCCUUCAUUCACCCACGCACAGGACGAUGACUGAGCAGACGGACAGGCUGCAGCUCUUGACCUGAUCCUGGUGGAGCGGUGGAGGAUGAAACAGAGCGAAUGGGUGUUUAAAGUCUCACUCACAUACAGCACUGACCACCAAACAACCCGGGGAGCUGGUGACUGGAUAGAGGAGGCGACCACGAACAGUCAUGGGAUGUGGUGUCACAAAGUCCGACCACUUCCACAAACAGUCUCGAAAAGCUAUAAAAGCUGCUGUGCUGAUCCAGCGAUGGUACCGUCAGUACGUGGCCCGCACAGAGAUGCGGCGGCGCUACACCUGGCACAUCUUCCAGUCCAUGGAGUACUCAGGAGAACAGGCCCAGAUAAAGCUCUAUAAUUUCCUCGGCUACCUCAUGGACAACUUCAACCCGACGAGCAACGAACGAAAUCUGAUCUCGCACAUCUUCAGAGAGAACGAGGUGUGCCGCGACACCGAGUGGGAGCGCUACUUCUGCUACAAGGAAAUCGAGGUCCCAGAGAUCUACUCGGGGCCCCACCUCACCUUCCCCCUGACGGUGGAGCAGGCCGCGGGGCUGGUGGAGGCCUUCAGGAACAAGAAGCAGCUGCACUCGCGCUACGUCCUGCAGCUCCUGCUCGAGACCUGGAAACUGCUGCGCUUGCUGCCAAACAUCAACCGCGUUUCCACCUGCCACAGCAAAGAAAUCACCAUCUGUGGCGAUUUACACGGACAACUAGAAGACCUGCUGCUGAUUUUCUACAAGAAUGGGAUGCCGUCCUUGGAGAAACCCUACGUGUUCAACGGAGACUUUGUGGACCGAGGCAAAGACUCCAUCGAGAUCCUCCUCAUCCUGUUUUCCUUCCAGCUGGUUUAUCCGACCGACGUCUACCUCAACAGAGGGAAUCACGAGGACCAUAUCGUCAACCUGAGGUACGGAUUCACAAAGGAGGUGUUGAGUAAAUACAAAAUGCACGGGAAACGGAUCCUGAAGCUGCUGCAGAAGAUCUUCAGCUGGCUGCCGUUGAUGACGGUGAUCGAUCAGAAGGUGCUGGUCCUCCAUGGGGGGAUCUCCGACACCACAGACCUGGGCGUCCUGGCCCGAGUGGACCGGCACAGUUACGUUUCAGCUCUCAGGCCUCCAAAGAAGAGACACACCAGCUCCACGGGGACGUCCAUCGACUCGGACAUGGACGAGGACGUGUGGUCCGUCAACCGGGCCUUCCAGCGCCGAGGCUCCCUCACGUACCCCAAACCGCUCGGGACCCGCAACAGCUUCCAGAACCGCUCGCUGCAGGACUUCUCCGAACGCAUCAAAGUGAACAUGGAGGACGAGCUGGAGAGUCGCAGGAGGAGGCAGUCCGUCUUCAACUCGGCCGCCAACAAGUCCGAACAGGACUUGACUCCGGCCGCGUCCUGCGACUCUGUGAGCAGCGACCGCACCAAGGAUGAGUGGAGGCAGAUCCUGGACCUGCUGUGGAGCGACCCCAUGACCCAGGACGGCUGCACACCCAACGAAGUGCGGGGCGGAGGCUGCUACUGGGGCCCCGACGUCACCGAGGACUUCCUGAGCAGACACAACAUGCAGCUCAUCAUCCGCUCCCACGAGUGUAAGCAGGAGGGCUACGAGUUCUGCCACAACCGGAAGGUGAGCGCGGCCCCAGAGUCCAACCUGUUCAGAGGGACAGAGCACCAACGUCUCACCCGUGUGCCUCAGGUCCUCACCCUGUUCUCGGCCUCCAACUACUACGACGUGGGGAGCAACAGGGGCGCCUACGUGAAGCUGGGCCCGGACCUCGUGCCUUACGUGAUCCAGUACCAGGCCAGCAGCAUCACCAGAGAGCUCACCGUGAGACAAAGCGUCGGACGCACCGAGCGCUCGGCCCUCAGAGUCCUGCGGGAGCAGCUGUUCGCGCACAAAUCGGACCUCAUAUGUGCCUUCAAGCAGUUCGACAGCGAGAACACAGGCCUCGUGUCGCUGAACGACUGGGCUGCUGCGGUGGAAAGCGUGAUGCGCCUGGACCUGCCCUUCAGGAUGAUGCGCUCCCAGCUGGUCUCCUGCAAGACCGGCGACGGCCUCAUCGACUACAACGACUGGUUCAACGAGCUCGCCAUCAAGGGGCCCAACACAGACCACAUCGACCAGAGUUUGCUCGAGACCCUGUAUCGCCAUCGCUCCACGUUGGAGACCAUCUUCAGGAUCGUGGACACGGACAACUCAGGUUUCAUCACCAUUGAGGACUUCCGGCAGACCUGGAAGCUCCUGAGCGUUUACUUGAACAUGGAGAUCACGGACGAGGCCAUCUCCGACCUGGCCGUCAACAUCGACAGGAACAACGACGGCAGCAUCGACAUCGACGAGUUCAUGGAGGCCUUCCGCCUCACCGACAAGAAGAGCCGCCUGGAGCGAGGCCGCAGCAUGUUCAUGGUCACGGCGUCCGACCACAGCAGGCUGCAGCUGGAGGCCGAGGCGGAGGCGAGGCCCCGGCCCGUGGGCGCGGAGGAGGAGGGAGGUCCGGGAGCAGCGAGCCCCGGCCCAGACCCGUCUGCAGCCGCGCGGGAGGCAGGCGAGCGGGGACACGCGGCCAACGCACCCUAAGCCCCGCGGCGGCGGCUCACGUGACCAGGGGCAGCGUCCACACAGCGAAGCACAACACUCUAAUGACGCACGGAGGAGCUGACAGGAGCGCAGGCACAGCGUCCGAAGGUCGUUUCUGUGACUUCCAGCAGAACCUGAAGCCACAGCUGCACGCUGACGCCAGAUGUUUUUAAAUUUAAAACAACUCUGAGUAAUGACGAAGGUGGAAAUGCUGCUAAUCCUCCACACAAAGGUUUCAUUUGGAUUAAUAUUGAAGUAAAAGGUUCAGUUUCUAUUCACCCCAUUUUUCUGUGUGUUUGUAGUUUAGGAAGGAAUCAGAAACUUCUACUGUGGCUCCUUUUUCAGUUUUGCCUGUAAAAUAAUCCACCUCCUGUGUUUGACGUCAGCCAGCUGAUACAGAGUCCAUUCAUUUUCAGUAGCUACAUUUUAUAUAGAUUUGAUAGAUGAAACUUUCAAAAAACUGACACCGUGAACAACCAAUAAUUGUGCAGCUCGUCAAGUAUUUGCAACCAAUUGUUGCCGGUGCCUUAGCAGCUGGAGAGUUGGAACCUCUAAGUCAAGUGUGCAGGUUGUUCUGGUUGAAUAUAAACUCCAGACAGAGAACUCACAUUUUUACUCAUUUUGGGCAAAAGGCUGUUGUGUUUUACAUGUGAAUGUGACUUUGUUUUGUUACGGAGUCAGAUGUAAACAACUCAACGGUCUGAAAUCUGUUCACUUGUCCUGAAACUAGUUUAAUAUUUUAUCUGCGUGUUAUUUACAAACAGGUUGUAUAGAUGCUGACGUUUCACUGUUUUCAUGCUUGAUGCUAAAGAAGCUAACGUUGUCAUAUGAUCAGGCUAAGUGGUAUCAACGCUCUCAAUAAGAACGUGACCGAGUGUCUUAACUUCUUUAAGACAUCACCACCUCCGUUUGCAUCCGUAAAUCUGACUCCCACAGUAAUCAGUGUGUCAUUAACCAAGGGACAGCGUGUGUUGUGUGUAAAUCAUGUUGUGGCAUGUUUUAGCAUCCAGAUCAUGUAAAGCUUUCACUGUUAUAAUUGAUUUGCUCAUUAAGUAAAUUAUGUUUAUAGAUGACAAUUUAAAAAGCCAUAACUGAAGGUGUUUAUGGAGGAAACUGUCACUUGACUGUUUACUGGUUAUGUUGUUGGCAACGGUUUAUUAAAGAAUUUCAAG